AUCUUAGGACAAUCAACAAAGCGGUCAAUCGUCUCUUUUUUAUAAAUAGCUUGUAUGCACAUGUAGCACGGUACUUUGUCAAUCGCGGUGGUUCAUAGAGGCCCAGACCCUCAUACCAAAGAGAGUGUUCAUCAUUAUCACAACUCAAAAUGUCGACUUACAGUGUGAACCAGAUUGAGGACGAUUUUGAUGAAGCUUUUGAAGAUAGAAGCGAAGAUGAUUUCAGCGAAGGUUCUUUUGAGGAGGUGCCAGAUGUAAGGAUUGACUCAACAAGAACUUAUUCUCUCAAGAAAUCAGAUCUGGGUAAUGGUACCUACUGGCAACAAAGUAAGACAAUUCAUUCAAUAGCUGAACAGAAGCCACUCAACCCGCCGACAACAUUGACACACAAUCCUUCACAUAGUUUCCAUGGCCAUGGAAGUGGUAUACCGGCCAAGGUGGAUGUGGAGGAUAAGGUUGGGGGAUGGGAAAUCAUCAAAGCCAUGUUGGGCUAUGUCUGGCCCAAGGGUGACCUAGCUAUCAAGGCAAGAGUCAUUGUGGCCAUGUCCCUCUUGAUCGGAGCAAAGGUGUCCAAUGUCUAUGUCCCAUUCCUGUUCAAGUAUGCUGUUGAUCACCUCAAUGAAUACCAGACAGCUUCAGAAGCCGUAGCCUCAACAGGAACAGGAGCUACAGUAGUAACCGCCCUCCUACUAGGCUAUGGAGCAGCGCGUGCAGGAGCAUCCUUCUUCAACGAAGCCAGGAAUGCCGUCUUUGCCAGGGUGGCCCAGAAUUCAAUACGACGGGUCGCUAAGAAUGUGUUCACGCACCUCCACCAGCUUGAUCUUAGCUUUCAUCUCUCCCGCCAAACGGGGGCGCUUUCCAAGGCCAUUGAUAGAGGCAGCAGGGGUAUCAACUUUGUCCUGAUGGCCCUGGUAUUCAACAUUGUACCAACUAUCUUGGAAGUUGGCCUUGUCACUUGCAUUAUGUAUUACAAGAUGGGCCCUGGCUUUGCUGCCAUCACCCUCACAUGCGUCGGAGCAUACGCCUUAUUUACACUGAGCAUAACGUCGUGGAGAACCAAGUUCAGGGUACAGAUGAAUAAAGCCGACAACGAGGCUGGAAACCAGGCCAUCGACUCACUUAUCAACUAUGAAACAGUCAAGUACUUCAAUAAUGAAAAGUGGGAGGCCGACAACUAUGAUAAAAGUCUUGCCGAGUACGAGCGUGCAUCCUUGAAGACCGCCACCAGUCUUGCUCUCCUCAACUUUGGUCAGAAUGCAAUCUUCAGCGCUGCACUGUCUGGUGUUAUGUUGCUAGCAAGUCAGGGAAUUCUUGCAGGUGAAAUGACAGUGGGUGAUCUAGUGAUGGUAAAUGGUCUCCUGUUCCAACUCUCACUACCUCUCAACUUCCUUGGGUCUGUCUACCGUGAGAUCAGGCAAUCACUCAUUGAUAUGGGCACCAUGUUUAACCUACUCAAAGUUGAAACAGACAUCAAGAACAAGAUAAACGCUCCAGCUCUCCAGAUCAGCCCUCAGGAAUCUGGUAUCACCUUUGAGAACGUUGCCUUCAGCUAUCUUCCUGAACAGCAGAUCUUCAGCAACCUGAGCUUCCAUGUGCCCUCAGGAAAGAAGGUUGCCAUCGUUGGAGGGAGCGGUUCAGGGAAAUCUACCAUAGUACGGCUUCUGUUCCGAUUCUAUGACCCUGAUGGUGGUAGGGUACUGAUCAACGGUCAAGAUAUCAAAGAGGUGGAUGUGGACAGUCUCAGGAAGGCUAUUGGUGUUGUACCACAGGAUUGUGUACUCUUCCACAAUUCCAUCUUCUACAACUUGCAAUACGGGAACCUAGAUUCAACGGCCGAGGAGGUCUUCCGGGCAGCCAAGAUGGCCGACAUCCACCAAGGAAUCAAGAGAAUGCCCAAGGGUUAUGAGACCCAGGUAGGAGAGAGAGGGUUGAAGCUUUCAGGAGGUGAGAAACAGAGGGUAGCCAUUGCCAGGACCAUCCUCAAGGAUCCACCCAUUGUCCUCUAUGACGAGGCGACGUCAUCGCUGGAUUCCAUCACUGAACAGAACAUCCUCAACUCAAUGGAUGCCGUCACCCUAGGACGCACGUCCAUCUUUAUCGCUCAUCGUCUCUCAACCGUCGUCGAUGCGGACGAAAUCCUGGUCAUCCGUGACGGGAGGAUAGGAGAGCGGGGCAAGCACCACCAACUCUUAGCAGAUACCAAUAGUUAUUAUUAUGAACUUUGGACCAAUCAGAAUAAGGUCGCGCUAGAAUCCGUCCUUGAUGGCAAGAAUGGGGAAGAGUCAGAAGUUGAGGAGAGCUACAAGUCAUGAUGACAAGCAUGUCAGUAUUAGGUGCAUUAGAAAUUUAUUAACUAGUUAUUAUGAAUAUUAUGUCAUCCUUAUGCCAAAAAGGCAUUGUAACAGUCCAAAGUCAAUGGAGUUAGAGGGCUACUCCAGGCUGAAAUUAAUAAUAUCUAAAUUAAUAAAGUAAAUUUCAACAAGCAAAAAUGCUGAAAACUUCAUCAAAGUCUGAUAAAACAUAAUGGCCCGUAUUCUGAAGUGGGGUUUAACUUAAACUCGGGUUUAAAGUUGUGGUUUAAGUAUGGAUAGCCAAUUGUUACAUAAAUCACUAAUGGUAGAGAAAUCAUAUUUCAGCUCAUUUGGCUCUAAAAUCAUUCAUAUUGUCUAGGAAGUAUAAAUAGAUGAUUGUCUUCACCAUCGAUGAAUCAGGAAAGAGCACAGUAAACAUAAGAAAAAACAUACAACUUAAUAAAAAAUUUGACACGUUUGGCUUUCCAUAAUUUUAGCACAGAGUUAGACCAUGGUCUAAGUUAAACCUGACUUCAGAAUAUGGGCCUAUGAAGACAAGUUUCGGCACAAUUAUCCUUCAUAAUAAAUCAGGAGCCAACCCUUUUUUACAUUCUUGGAGGAACAUAUUUAAAUAAACAUAAUUUUUUGUACAAUAUGAUACAAAUAAUAAGUGGGGAUAUGACAUCAUCAGCUUGCUCAUUGCAUAUCAUGAAGACAUGCAUUGAAAUGUUUCACCAAAAUAAUUCAUAAUAUUAAAUUGUAAUAACUUUGUUAUUCCUCAUCAAAAAUGAUGAAAUUUUCAGAGUUUUGUUUGUCUGAUUUUUCUCUAUCUGUCCAAAUCACAUAAUGUUCAGUCUGGGGUGGGGUACCCCUUGGAGGCCCUUCUGGUAUAAGGCUGAUGUUUAUCAAAGAGUGCAAAGUUUAUUCACUUAUGGAUAAUUUGGUGUCAUAGUGUGCUCUUGAAAUCCAGCUUCCCAAGGAAGUCAGUCAUAAAUAAUGUGUGUCUUUGGAUGAUGUUAGUCAACUUCUGAUAUUUAGUAUGUGAAAUGACUUAGCCCAUCGUUUAAUAGCUUGUGCUACCUCAAAUAUUCAUUUGCAGACCAAGAAUAUGAUCUCUAUUACAGAAAGGAAACAUUGCAAUGUCUUUGUAGUUUAGUAGGUUACUUUUAUUUUCUGAAUAUUUGAUAUAUUAAACCCUAUUAGAGCCAGGUUAUUUGGACCCAUCUCACAGCCAAGGGGGGGGGGUGAUCCCCCCCCCCCCCUGAGAUGUCAGCUGCCAAUUGUGCAUUGCAAAAAUUUUGCACAGUGGUAGUGUGCAAAUAUGAUCUAUGAUUAUAUCAAUAAGUGUGGAGGGGUGGAUUCUAACCCGCCCCCCCCUGCCUUUUAGGGUUUAGGGGUAGUAUAUCAUGAAUAAAAACUUUCAUAUAAUUUUGAUAUCAAUGCAAAGAAUGUUCUCCCUUAUGUCCCUGAUUCAAAAAAAUAGUUGUGUGUAUUAAGAUUUAAUUUCAAAUCUUAAUCAGUAAUGUGGUGCACAAUUUUUGUAUGUUCUUUGGUAUCAAGUGAAAGCCUACUGGAAAGAAAACUAUUUGUUAUAUCUGAAAUAGACUAAUUGGCAGCCUAAAAAUAUCAAUCAGGUAUGAGUGUUAAAACAUAUGCUCCUAAGUUUUUAUUAUGUUUCAUUUAAUAUAUCUAUUUAAACCGAUGUUUUAUUUAACAAAACAGUGUAAACAAGGUUUAUGAGAUAAGACCUUUAAUACUACCAGUAAGUUUUUUCAGCAGUGAUUGAGAAUGACAUACUUGGUGGGUGUUUCAUAAACCUGUUUGUAAGUCACGAAUGACUUUACUCACGACUGGUGAUCCUUUCUUGUGCUAUGUGAUAUAUCACUAUGUAGCUGACUAAGCUCUUUAGAACAUGUUCCAGUCGCGCGUAAAGUCAUGUGUAACUUCACUAACGGAUUUAUGAAACCCCACCGGUAAUGCUAAAUUUAAAGGACUGGCUAAGGGUAUGGAAUAUGGGUGAAGAAAUGUAUAAGAGAGACUCUCCAUAUGAAGAAAUCAAAGCAGAGAAAUUGAUACAACCAAAUUGGAACUCUGAUAACCUAUCAGUACUUUGGUCAACUUAGAGAUGUAAGUAUUUUCUUUAAUAUCCAAGAAAUUAUCCCCAGUUCUAUUCAUUAUAUGUAAUACAGUGAGUCAAACUUCACCUGAAAUUCUAGAAGCAUUAUGACAUCAUGGGUCCUGUUUUGUAUAGAUUUACAAUGAAGGGUAAAUUUGCCAUUAUUUGUAACUACAUGAAAAAAAACCUUGAUUUGAUUGGCUGUUCAGCCCUGUAAUCAUGAUUUCUGAAACUGGCACGAGGAUGAAAUAAUGCGCAAUUAAAACAUUGUACCAGUGUAACUCAGACUGACUUUGAAUAAAAAUCUUCCCUGCUGGUCAAGGCCUCUACAUUUGAAAAUUUCGCACAUCUUCAGAAAACAAUUUCAUGUGCAACACUGGUUUUAUGCAUAGAUAUAGUUGAUGAUGUCAAGCACCUACCAAUUCCUUUUUUUUGUUUCAUUAGUGAAAUAUAGACAUUUUUUGUCAGAUUGGACAUAAGAAAUGUCUUCUUUGGAUCACAAUAGGUUGUUACAAUGGGAAUUCUUCAUGUUCAGAGAAGAAUCAAAUAGGCGUGUACCACAAAGCUUAGCAAUCAUCAUAGAGCAUUUUUCUACAAUUGAUUCCAUUGACUACAAUGUACAAUCAAUCGUGAAAAUCGAGCUCAUGAUCAAUCGCUAACCUUUGUGUUACAGGACCCUUGUUUCGCAUUACGACAAGGAAAAAUGAGAUUUCUCAUAUUUUACAUUAUAAAAUAAAAUAGAAAUAGUGAAUGGUGGUUUCCCUCAUUUUCAUGCUGACCAGGAUGUACAUAUGACUGUUUUUGUGAAAUUAAGCAGAAUUUUAAAAUUUUAUAACUUUCUUAUUUGACAUCUAAUUUUGAUGAAAUUUUCAACAUUAUGCUUGUCUUACUUUUCUCCAUUUACAGUAUUUAAAAAAACUUUAAUUUGGGGUGGACAUUGACAGACAUUGCAAUAUCCAGACCAUAAAAUUUGAAGACAGAAGUGUAGCCUGUCUCUACUUGAAUGGAGCUACAUCAUGAGAAAAAAGUAUAUUUUUAUUCAAGUAUUUGUAUUUUGGUGUAUAUAUUAUGUAAAAAUAUUAGAACUUGGACAUGUAUAAACACAAACAAUCAACUUACUGUUUAAUAUUUAAUAGGAAAUAAAAAGUCUUGUUUAUCUGGAA